AUGACGGCGACCCUGUUGAGCAGCGAGCUCACAAACCUGAUAUCUGAGUCGAAACGCAAGAACACCGACCUAAGAAAUGCUGCGGAAAAGAGCCUCCAAGAGCUAAAGUCGCUGCCGGCAACAUCGGAACAACAGCUCGCUGCUGCAUGCGAGACUGUAAACGUCAAACUUGCUAGCAGCGGCGUUACGUGUCUCCAGAAACUCGUCAUCUCGAGAGGCUUGCCCAAAACCCGGCUACAGGAGACACUAGAUGCGUUCAAUGCCUGUGCCAAUCUUGGUCUAGAAAUUCAGCUGAAGAUACUCCAGGCUCUCCCUUCGCUUAUUCAGAACUAUGCCACCGAGCUAAGGGACGAGCUCCUUGCUGGUGCACUGCAGCUAUGUGCUUCAUUGCAAUCUGCCAAGGCUCAGACGGUCAGUGGCGUCGCCGCCGCUACGCUCCAGCAGCUGGUAAGUGCUGUAUUCGAGAAAGUCGUGGACGAGGAUCGCAAAGCAGGAAGCAUAAGUACCACUCACGAAGUACCUGGAGAGGAAGGACCAAUUGCACUUCGACCCGCGGCGUACGAUGCCUAUCGCAUGUUUCGUGAUCUGGUCCUAGCUGCAGAAGAUCGCCCUACCAAAUUCGUGCAGCUCACGUCCUUGUCGCCUGGUUCGAGUCUCGAGCUUAUAUCGUCAGCUUUGAACGCUAAUGCACGUCUGUUCGUGUUCCACUCGGAACUGAGUAGUGUCAUCAGCUCGAAUCUCCUACCGGCUGUCACGCGGCCACUAUCUGAGAAGGCGUCGUUCGGGCUGACGAUACGUGCUCUUCGUCUGAUCGAUACGCUAUUGUCAAGAUACUUCUCCCGAUUUCUGGAUGAAUUUGAAGUAGCGUUAGGGCUUCUCACUCACCAUCUUGAGCUCGAUCCCGCUGCGCCAUGGAAACGAGUAGCUGCUAUGGAAGUUCUUCGCAACUUUUUGAGCCGCGGAAACGCAGUCAUAGACGCAUAUGCUGCAUAUGAUGGGUCUGAGACCGGGAAGUCGAUUGUACAAGAUCUGCUAUCCUCAUUUGUGCGAUUAUCGGCUGAAAAGCCCGCAGCCAUUGGGCUAGGUCAACAAUCUAGCGUGCCCGCUGGUAGCCGAGACAACGGUGACCCAGCAGUGGAGCAGACAACCCUCGAGGCCGCAACUGGCAUGGCUGGAGUGAUUAGCUCGGUCCUUGGUGUUGCAGAGGCCAACGUACCUGGGAUCAGUCCUGCCUGGAGCAUUCCUAAAACCGCAUGCUUGGAUCAAUUAGACAAGACAGAAGCUCCGGCACUACCGGAAACAUACAUAUAUGCCAUGGUUCUAGAUUGCGUGAACAGUAUCUCUGACAGCUUAGCUCGAGUCGUACUGCCGCUUACAGUUCAGCAUGAGAAGCCAGAGGACGCAUCUGCUGAGACUCCAUCAGAUAGCAGAGAUUCGAUCAAGCGGCCAGUCAACAUGCCCAGGUCGCAAUCGUUUCGCAAGCGUGCUGUGCCCGUGAACCCGUUGACACCCGAGAAUGGAGCUGUCACGGAUCGACUACGUGCAGUGGCUGGGCUCGUCGAGCAUUGCUGGCCUGCAUUUCUAGCCACUUCUUCCACAUUUCUCAACGCAACGCUAGAAGAGCAGUACUAUCGCAAUCUCAUCAAGGGACAUCAGCGCUUUGCACAGGUGGCUGGUCUACUGAGAUUGACCACGCCACGAGACGCUCUCAUGACCACAUUAAGCAAGUCCGCCGUACCACCUCAUGUCCUCAAUGCUGCCAUGAUGGAGAGCACCAAACCUUCCUCCACCUCGGUACCUGAAAGCCCUCGGAUCUUCUCCAAUCCCAGAAAUCUGCUCAGUGUCGAAAGUCUUGUCAGUCAAGCAUCGUCGCUGACAAUGGAUCGCGAACGACGCUCUUCUAUCGAACCUGCACGACCCAUGCUAUCGACCCGGAAUCUUCUGUGCUUGAGGGCUUUAUUGAAUCUUGCGAUUGCGCUUGGUCCAACCCUUGACAAGGCCUUUGCAGUAAUUGUGGAUGUGCUACGGCAAGCAGACAUGAUCCUUAGCUCCACAAUAUCACAGCAUCUCCUUCGUCAAGGUGCUUCUAAGAAGGGCGACGAUGCUCCUUCUGCUGUCCGUACAUUCAGUUCAGAAGUGGCUGCGGUCGAAUCUGCUGCCUCGCGCCUGCUUGAGAGCACCGCUGAUUAUCCCAACGAUGCUUUCUUGUCCGUGCUCCAUGCUUUCAUCCGCCUACUUGGCACGAGGCCUCUGGAAGCGCCUUCCUCACCGAUUACGGAAAGUGUCUCGCCACCUACUACACCCACGUUGCGACAAAGGAACUAUUCUGGUUUACCUGGUAUAAGCACUCUCGCCGAAAUGCAGGCCAGGGACUAUCAAUUUGUGAUACCGAAACUUGGCGUACUUGGCCGCAUGAAUAUCUCACGCUUCGUGGUGUACGAUCCUGCAGACAGUGGUUGGUCUCUUGUCGUCGAUGAACUUGUGCAGAUUGCGUGCGGUGCUUUGAACCCAAGAGAAGCUCGACGAGCAGCAGCCAGCGUACUGUGCGAGAUGAUGGCCGAGUGCAUCAUAACCGCAUUUGACGAAGAUACCAAGCAUCGGUCUGUUGUGCAGCGCCGCGCUUUUGUGGUUAUGCUCGAGAUGAUUAACGGCAUAUAUGCUGAUGAUGGAGAGCCCACCAAUACAGAUGUUGAAGUGCACAGUCAUGUGCUGGAAGCCCUAACACAAGUCUUAGACCGUUCUGGUGAGACUCUGGCCGCUGGGUGGCAUACCAUAAUUGCAAUUCUGAGCACAGCUUUCGAGCGCACUGAGUCCCGUCCAUUCGUCUGUGAGCAAGACAUGGGACUCGGCAUUGAAUGGCACUCUAUCUCCAGCGAGCUCGUAUCUGCUCACGUCGCUCGUGUUGCGUUCAGCGCCACGCAGCUCAUUUGCUCUGACUUUUUAGCUGCUCUACCUUUGGCCGUCAUGCCCUCUCUCUUGGAACUGCUCUACCGAUAUACUGCCCAAGAGGGAGAUCUAAACAUGGCGUUGACUACCGUGACGAUGACUUUAGCGGUCGCCGGACAUAUCAUUACGGAUGGGGCAGCGGAGGAGAUGGAAAGCUUGGCGUCGGAUCUCGAAGACACCGAUGAUAUGCUGGCAGAUGUGGAGAAUCAUGCAACUGAACGCAAAGCUGCUCAGCUACUGCUGCUCAUGCUCAGGCUACGAAAUGUAGUACGGGACACAAAGAAUGAGAUUCGCAAUGCAGCAUACCAGACCGUGUGCAGCAUUACCAAAAAUGUUGGCACGACGGUGACACCCAAGGCAUGGGACAUGUUGCUGCGCCAUAUCUUUAUGGUCAUUGCAGCCAACGAUAUCCGGCUGUACGCAAGCGAAGACAUUGACGCUGCAAGCCCAUCAGCAGCCUGCGCCAAGAGCGACCACAACGUCUCUGCGCAGAUUAUGCAGGGCGUUGCGAAUCUCGUAGUCCAGCAUAUCUCUGUGAUCGAGCAGAGCAGAAGGCUACCAAGCCUGUGGGAGAUCUUCUUGACUCGCCUCGAGGCAUAUCUCGAUUGUGAGGACCACAGGCUCAACACUAGCGUAUACACUGCGCUUGCAGGGAUACUAGGCCAGGUAAGAGAAGGAGCAAGUGUCUGGACGACUCCUAUCUAUCGCACCAUUGCGUUGUGGCUGAAGAGGCCACCGGAGCUCUCGGAUGAUGAGCAAGACAAGCAAGACAAUCAAGCUUCGUUCGUCGCUUACAUGGACACAGCAAUUGAGCUUUAUCGAUUGGCUAAGGAAACCAUUAGUGGGCCGCAGACUCGUAAGAUGAUUGAUAAUAUCUUUCACUGCGUGGAGCGUUCCAACGGUCCGAGAUACGCAGCCGAUGUCAACUCUAUGAGCACCUUGCAAACCAAGGCUAUGCAGCUGCUCGACAAUAUCCGUGUGGGCCAGGAUCAAUUGUUAUCGAGCCUGGUAGUCACCGCCUCCGAGAUCUCACUCCUGCAUCACAAAGGCGCGAGCUCGAACACGAACCACGGGCCUACUUUCAUAGCCAUCUCCAGUCAUGCCAUAGACUGGCUUGCCUCUCUCGUGCAACAUCACGCAACGACUGAUCUGGGGGACAUCAACAUGAGUGCCCUUAAUCAGGCCGUGGGCGCACUGCAACACAUGGUACAUAGCAAAUAUGCAGUGCCGGCGAAGUGCAAAGAUAAGUACCUUUGGCAACAAGCAACCACCACUGGCUUGAAGCUGGUAGAGCCUAUACUACGAGUUGCACGUGAUACGAGAGACAUCAACUCAAGGAACGCUUUGUGGACAGAGACGAUUCAGCUUGUAGCGGGCACAGUCAACGCUACAGGUCUCGAUACCAUGACAGAGCAGAAAGCCAUCGAAGAAGAUGAAGGUUCUGAUAUCGAGAGCUUUGAGAAGUGGAAGGGUAUGCUUGUACCGUGCGUGGGCGAUUCAACACUGGCCGUCGAGAUCCGCAAUUCUCUUGUGCGUGCGCUAUUCGACGCCUCUAUUAUUCACAGAAUCGAGCCAAGCGAGGUGCCAGAUGCCUCCAGAUCUCCGUUGGAAGGACUGCUUGAGCUCAGGCGACCGCGCGCGAGGCGUGUACCAUUCUCACCACGCGAGCGUAUGAGUUACGUCUGCUUCGAUGAACUCAUUGCGCUUGCAACUCGCCAAGAAGAUACAACCGAGCACACAAAUUUGGCACAAGCAGCCGCACCAAUGCUUAUUCUUCGACUGGCCGUGCCAAUCCGAGCAUAUGUCAUCGAUCACCCGUUGCGAGGUCGGCGACCUCAACCUCUUUCCGAGCUAGAGGAACUGCUCUUCGCGUUUGGGAAGAUCAAGACUAUCAGAUUGCAUCCUCAAGCUUUGGCUGCAGACUCGGUCGCAUCUCGAAAAAGUGGCCCAGAUGCUCAUGUGCAACUCCUGUACCCGCUUCUCGUGAAAGCUGUUGCAGUAGCAAGUAACAAGUGGUGUGGAGCGGAAGAAGUGCUGCUGCCACUGCAGUCUGUGCUGGAAGGUAUCACCCCAGUGCCAUGA